GAAGUGGGGAAUAUAGAAUAUCAACCUUGACAGGUUCGCGGUGAAUGAAAACAAUUUUGAACACCAGGAGAGGCUGGAAUUGAACGAUUCGGUUUGUUUGUUCGCCUGUACUUCCCGACUGAAUCACCUGUACAAUUUAAGUUUGCGUAACAAAACAGAUAAAAUUCGUGAUAUAUCUUCUUAUCUUUCGAGCGCGAGUGAGUGCCCAGGUUUCUGGAAUUGUGUAUCUAAGUAAAUUCAAGCAGUUCUGGUUCAAGUCAAAUAUGCAACGAUGACGCUGACUGUAAGCUGAAGGCGCUCACGCGACGACGACAGCGAUACGCCAAACAAUUACCCGGAUAGUUUGUUUAAUAAAUAGCAAUCAAUUAAUCUAAUAUCUGGCAGGCAAUUGGGCGAGGGACGUCAAGUGUUGCUGAUGUUUUUGUUGUUGCUGCGCUCAGUUAACGACGACGGAUGUGGUCUUGGCUUGAGUAGAGAAUGGUGGCUGGCUAGACGAUGAAACAUGCAUUCCGUUGAGAUGCACUCCGUCUCGAUGAUUAACCGUCGAAGUUCGAUCAUCACCGUAUGAGAUCAGCUUCAUCAAUCAUAAAUUUUAAAUGAAGUCACACCUUACCUUCGAAAGUGAAAAUUAAGUCAUAUUAAUAAGCUAAACGUGUGGUGCGACAGUUGAAUCAUGAACAAGCUCAAGUCCAUUCUGCACACCUCAGAUGGUUCCAAAACGAGUCGCACAAACAGCACCGAGCGGUUGGAACCAGAAGUUGGCUUCAAGUUGAUUCUGGACCCAGGCUCUUGUGCCGACUCCGAAAAUGGGAACGAGAACGAAAACGCUGACGAUGGCCACAAGUCCAAUAACGCCAAUAACAACAACAACAAGCCGUCGUCGGCGGCUAAAAACAGCGAAAGCUCCGGAUCUAGCACUCCGACAAUUCCGGAGCUUCAAGUUCAUUUGGUGGGGGCGCGACAUCUGCCGGUCAGUUUUGGACUGAAAAGCGUCGAGGGGUACAUGAUUAAGGUGAAACUUUUCCCCGGAGCAGCGAAGUUUGAUUCGUCCAUUCAAACGAACUCGUGGCCCACCUUUGGGGAAACGUUCCGAUUCCCUCUUGCUGCUAGUCAUAAAUCAUCAUUCAGAGUGAAGAAAAACCAACCCAAAGACAAACCGGACCAAACCGUGCCAGAGAAGCUGUUUAGUGGCAAUUUUGUAGUCUUCACAGUAUUCGCCCUCUUGGAGUUACCACCAGGGUACACCGCCACUUUAAAACACAAAACGAUGACCUUCAUCCGACAGGGAAGCCAGAGGCUUAAGGAUAAACCGGUCAUCGGCAAGCUAGUCAAAGAUGUGGAACCACCCGAUUCGAAGAGUGCCAACUUUGACCAGAAGCAGAACUUGAAGAAGUUGACCACGAGCGAAAGUCAACGAAAUUUGGGUUCGGUAACGUACUUUCUGGAACCGCGAGCUUUUAGAGAACUAUGUAAGGGAAGGUUGUUUUCUACGGAGGAAAUGUGGCUCCCCAUUAAGGACAUCACCGUCACACAUUCGCAGCCGGCCGAAACGAGAGUACCAAUCUGCCACAGUCCUAAGGGUCAAGUGGAGGUAACCCUACAGCUUUGUGACUACACCGAUGUCAACUUCGAUAGCAAAGCAUCCCACGAGGAUCUUUCGUUCAACAUAGAUGGUCCCUAUUCUCCGUCCCCGGGGUCUUCAGCCUGCUCAUCGGCAGCUACCAGUCCAGUGCCCGGAGUUCAGAAGCAAUCGUCCUUCGGAUCCCCGGCUUCGACGCCCAGUUCCCUGAAAAAUCGCUUCAGCUUCAAACGCAUGGCCAGAAGCUUCAAAAAUAAGGACCGAAAUCAUAAAGGCCUCUGUCUGAAAAUCUCUACCGCCAAACUUCGUUGCGGCAUCAAAGUUAAGGAAGAGUUCGAGGGGGUCAACGAAAAGAUUUACCUCAAAACGACAAUCCUGGAACACGAAAUCCUGUCUUCCACUUGGAAGUCCGAACCUUUCAGACCUUCGCUUUCGACUCGCUGGAAUCAGGAAGAGUGCACCAUCGCGGUUCCUUUGAGUAGUGAACAUUCGCUGGAUCAUAUAUCGAUACGGGUGGCCCUGGCGGCGAAAAAUAAGGUUGGGAAAAAGGUUUAUCUAGGACAACUUUUCCUGGGACCGAACGCCCCGAGCACCAGUUCCAUUAAGCAGGACCAGUGGCGAAAGAUGGUGGCGUACAAGGGUUCGCCCAUUUCCGUGUGGCAUAGUUUCGAAUAAAAAAGCAGAUUUUUCAGACAAUACAGACCGAAUGCAUUUUUUAUAUUUGUUGCUAACAAACUUUUUUUUUCUAAAUUAUCCCUUUAUAGAUGUUAUUGGAUUUAACACAUGUGUCAUAGCGAUUUUACCAAAAAAAAUGUUCGCAAUAAAGAAUUUUC